GUGAGUUUCUGCCGGAUACACCUGGCAGACUGAUAAAGGACGAGGGUCGCAUGGCAUCAGCAGGGGCUGGGGAGGUGGACAUCCUGAUGGGUUUCAAUAACAACGAGGGAGCGCUGCUGAUGUUACUGCCCUACCUUUUCCCCGGCAUCACGAUGGAGGGCUUGCAGAACACCGCAUUCUUUAGAGAGUUCCUUCAGAUGUCCUCCAGCUGUCUCAACCACGGUCAGCCCAGCGUACUAGCUGCCAAGGCCUUGGAGUUUUUUUAUCGGGAGUUUGACGCCUUCACGGAAAAGCCUGUGUCGCUGGACCGUUUCAUGGAGCUGUACGCCGACACCAUGUUCACGGUACCUGCCUGUGCGCUGGAUUCGACAGCUGGUCGCACAGCCACACACCGCCCGGCGCUACUUGUACUUCUUUGACCACGACCUCAGCUUCAACCAGGGCGGUCCGGCUCCCGGCAUGCACCACGGAGACGACGUGCUGUUUGAGUUCGAGGCCAUCACCCAGUCUCCCGUGCUAGUGGGCAAGACGGGGCCUUUCACACCAGAAGAAGAAAAGCUGUCGUCCGAUUUCCUGGCCAUUUUGACUGAUUUCGCCAGAACAGGUAAUCCAAGUGCCUCUCUCGGCGGAAGACUGGGCGGCAACCUGACGGAGUAUACGCUAGAAGACGAGGCGUACCUCUCGGUCUCCACCAACCUCAGCGUCCAGCAUCAUUUGAUGCGCAAGCGCGUGGCUGUAUGGCUGCAGCUUUUGCCGGAACUUCUGGACUCCAGCUCGCCAUCUGCCCAGCAAUGGACGACUGCGACAGAUCAAUUGACGUCCAAAGCGCCAUUGUCGUCGUCCUCGUCCUCGUCAUCAUCGCCAUUGGUAGGAUGACCUCGUCACGUGAGGAGUAGGUAGCAUAGUUCUUUUGGGCUUUUUUUUUUUAAAAAGCGUGCUCGCUUGUUACGCGACUGUGUACUUGUAGGUAAUGUGAUCUAUGAAGGGUUAUGUUCUGUUCCGAAACUUCGCGUGGUUUUAGAAAGCGGCAGUUUAUUGUUGUUUUUGUAAUUAAGUAAAACUGAUUUAGCCUCCAA